AAUAUUGGGUAACAUAUUAUUUUAGUCGGAUAAUUUUUCGAUUGAACCAAAAAGAUGUCAACAAAAUUAUUUAGUAAUAUUAUUUAAAGUCUAAUUAAUAAAAACGAAUUCCAUAAUUUUUACCCAAUGACGUCAUGUUACUAUGUCAUACAUCGCUAGUGUACAAAAUAGAUUGAGUGAAUCUAGAAGGUUUUUAAAGUACUAUACUAAAAAUACCACUUCACAAUGAUACGGGUACAUAAACAACUAUCCUUUUCGACAAAAUAAAAAAUAAAAAAAAAUAAAAAAAAGCAAUUAUCCUUGUCUCAUUUAUUGCCAUGUAGUAUCACCCAAUUAAACCCUAACCGUGAAUAUCCUUUAAUCUUCUUCUUCUCUAUCCUCAUUCACCCAUAUCUUCUUCCCCCACACAAAAGUCCUUCAAUUCCUUUGUAACUUUAUCCAUUUUUCCCGGCGUCGAACAAACUACGGUUGGUUGACCUUCUAUUGCGGCCUUCUCUUGUUCAACAGACAUCUAAGUACGAAAAUUCUCUUGUUCAGGUAAUCAUGGCGGCAAAUAAAAAGCCAAGCUUUAAUGUUGAGAUUAACCAUUCCAUGUUACGCACCUUGCCAAUCCCGAACAAGGUUAAUAAGUUGGUUAGAGGUUUUCCCAUUUUUAAAGUUCAACGAGGAGAGGAUACUAAGGUGUACUCCAUCUAUUUGCUUUAUAUCUCGUAUGGACAUCGGGUGGAGACACACUUUGGCAAAGGAUGGGAAAAUUUCGUGGAGGAGAACGACAUCCAGCUAGAAGACAUGCUUGAAAUAACGUGCGAGGGAAAUAGAUGCUUUCAUGUGGCUGUUUUUAGGGGAGGAAUAGAGAUCCCCACAGCCGCCAUUAACUCCAAUAUCAUUGUUCUCUCUGAUGGGAGUUCAAGUGAUGGUGAUGGCCCUGAUGAGGUCGAGGGACAGCCUGAGUUCAGAGCGACUUUCACGCAACCCUACAUUAAUGUAGGUAGAUUGAAUGUGCCAUUGGAUUUUGCGAGAUCCCAUUUGGACUCCCUGGGGCCUGAAACGCCAGUUUUUGCUUGGAUGAAUAAAAAGUACCCGUCAUGUCUCUAUGUUAAAAGGAACUCACGUGACCAGAUUAGGCUAUGUAACAUAAGGAAUGGAAUAACAGACAUGAUUCGGGGAAAGAAGAUUAAAAAGGGGGAUAAAGUGGUGGUGCAGAUGAUUUCCAUAUCCCCUCCGGCUUUCAAAGUGUCCUUUGCGUAAACUUAUGAUAGUGUUUUUUUGGUCUCGUUUGGGCAUUGUAUUACGGCUAUUAUGUCUUGCUACAUUUAGACUUGUUCUUUUUCAUUUGAACUCUACUAUUCUAGUUGUAUCUUUUGGACAUGUUGUUAUCUACUUUGUAAUCCCAAACUGUGAUUAUACCGUUUUAUCU